AUGGACACUCGGUCGCAGGGACUACUUGUCAAUGCGGCGGGGUUCCUGUAUGGUACAUUAGGCUUUGCACUGAGCGUGUUGGCAGCCUUACUCAGCGCGAUCUAUCCUAGCAAAGUCCAAUAUGCAGGUGGCAUCGCAUUCCAUAAACAGCCUACACUCCCUAAUGCCGCCAGAGGCCGGCGCCCAGUGCGUACUAUUUCAGAUCAGCAAGUGGAGGGUGCAAAGGAGAAGCUGCCUCUUCUCCAAGUUGUCGAGGAGGUCAAAAAAGUGUCUCGCGACAAGACAGUGAGAAGAUCUGUCUCGGCACACGAACUUCGUCAUUCAGUGUCGAUGGUUCCCGUCAUUACCGUUGAUUAUUUCGGUUCUGCCGAGAGCCCACGUCGUGCAUCUGCCGGGCCUGUAUUAAUCGAUUCCCCAAGUAUCUCAAACCCAGUAACAACGUUACCGGAACACAUUCCUUUUGUAAUCACACCACCUCCUACUCCGCCUACUGUUGCUUCCUCACUUCCAACCUCUCCUCCUGCCUCUGCACCAUGCUCACCGCCUGCCACCAUUUCAUCCAUUUCUACUGAUGCAAGUGUUAAAAGCGACAAAUCUGGAUUCCGCUUGUUUCAUAUUAAACACUGGGGUAAAGACAAACCUAAGAACACACCGAAUCUUGCACGACGCCAGUCUUCCCCACAUCUAUGCCCGAAAAAAUUGUGCCAUAAGCAUACGAACAGCGAUGGGAAUAUACCAAUUGUUGUGAACAUUGAAACGAAGCCCAAAUCGCGCAAAAUGUUGCGCAAGAUGUCGAGCGGUCCUGUUCAAGAAAAAGUUACCACCACCCCACCUCCCCGUAAAUCAGAGAAAAAACGAUCACAAACUCUUCGGACACACCCGUAUGACGCUCCUUACUUUGCUGUACCCCCUGUACCACCACUACCCGCUUACCGACCCCAGUUUCGCGAAGAGGCCAUUCAGCAAACCCGAGAUCCAAACGCUUCUCCUGGCAGAUCGCUGGAAAAGAAGUCGUCGAGGUCUCGGUUGUUGAAGGCGUAG